UGUUUUGAAAGAAAACCAGGUGAAAGUUAUUUUGAUCACUGCAGAAGUUUCAAUUGCUGAGAUGCGUGGCGUUGUUUUUAUCCUUUUGUCUACGAUUGCUUAUUCCUAUGGGGAUAACAUAUUAGGCUGUGGCACAAUGCCUCAUGGCUCUGUACUACCCCAUGCAGAUUGCUACAAAUUUUACUACUGCUACAAUGGAGUUACAAGCAUUUUACAAUGCCCUGUGUACUACAAAUUUAUCUCAGCAAGUGGAAAAUGUGAAUACAGUCCAGACUGUGUGCAGGAUACGGAUCCUGCUGUACCUCCUAUCAGUUCAUAUAAUCCCUGUACCACUGCAACUAACGGAAGCAACCAACCACACGAAUCUUCUUGUAAAUACUAUUACUAUUGCACAAAAGGGAUUGGUAUUUUACAGUCAUGCCCCGACGGAUGGGGAUUCAAAAAAGACGAACAAUUGUGCGUAAAAGGACAUAGUUGCCUGUAAACAAAUAAAUUUAAUUAUGGAAAGUACUUGGUUUGUUAAAAUAAAUUGUCAAUUCUAGAUA